AAUAAAACAACCGAAAAUAUCUUUGAUCAAACAUUCUAUUUGAGCCAGCAAUGCUGAUGCAGCGGUUUUUAAGUUUAGUGAAUCCAAAAUGGCGGCUGCCUAUAUGAAACAACCUUCAAAAUUUUGUGUUAAAAAUCGUCUACUCACGCUAUUUCGAUCGAGUUCUUUCCAAGCUUUGGGAAUCAAUGAGGYCCUUGUUAACAGACUGACCAAGUUGGGAAUCAAUCGCCCGACUGGAAUCCAAGAAAAUGCGAUACCUGCAGUCGURCAGCGAACAAAUGCAAUCAUCAAUGCAGAAACCGGAAGCGGAAAAACUUUGUGCUAUUUGCUUCCAAUAGUAAAUGAGCUGAUCAGUAAACCAUCUCUCCUAACCAAGCCACCAUAUGCUAUCAUUCUUCUUCCAACAAUAGAACUCUGCCAUCAAGUUGCAUCAGUUUUUAGGUCAAUUGCUGACCCAGAUAUGUUCCMUUGCAUWGUCAACAGAGACUCCAAACUGCUAGUUGCCCGUAGCCACCCUGUUGUCCUGGCAAUGCCAAGUGCUCUGCUCAACUAUAACCUGGAUACUUUAAGCAACACAAGAAURAUUGUWACAGAUGAAGCUGACUUUCUCACAACAAGUGGAGGAAAGGAUGUUUGGACAUUGUUGAAUUUCUUCAAAAUUGGAAGACAAAUGAAGAAAAAAAGAAAAUAUGGAAACUCAAAUAGGAGAAACACUGUUCAUGAACUUUCAAAAGGCUCUCAUACCAUCUCAAAUGUCAUUACAGRGAGACAGUUUGUGUUUGUAGCWGCAACUUUACCWUCAAGAGGAAAGAAAGCCAGUCUUAAUGUGUUAACAAAGUGGCUGCCYAAAGCACAGCUUGUAARUACUUCACUAGYUCAUCAAAAAUUGCCAGAUUUGAAAGURGAGUAUGUGAAGGUCACUGAAGAAACAAARCUUCAGCAGCUACUGAAACUUUUAAAUGAGUUAACAGGUCUGAUAAAACUAGGGAUAAAUAACACAGAGAAAGAGGGAGUUAGUUGCCAAAACGAUAAGGAGGAUUUAAACAGGACAAGUGAAGAAGAACUCAAGGGAGAACAGAUUACAUCAAAAGAGAAAAAUAAUGCCCUCCGUAUUUUAGUUUUUGCUAACACGGCGGAGAAAGCUUCCUUAGCUUUUAAGUACCUUACYGAYAAAAAUAGCUUGRAAGUCCAAAAURCAUGGAUGGAACCAGAUUGUGACUUGCUAAAUGAUAACAACAGACUACAGCAAUUGAGSAAUGAUAUGAUCACUGUUGAAAGCAGAAAAYACUGGCAGAAACAUUGUGCUGARUUACACAAGGGAGUACCAAUUGAAAAGAGGCUUAAAUCAYUGGAGMGCUUUAAGUCUGGAAAGCUUCAAGUUCUUGUUUGUACAGAUAUUGCYUCAAGAGGUCUAGAUAUUCCAGAUGUGAGCCAUGUAAUUCAACUAGACUUUGCAUCAAAUGCUGCAAUAUUUCUACACCGAGCAGGAAGAACAGCUCGRGCAGGAACCUUUGGGAAAGUUAUCAAUUUCAUAACACCAAAAGAUGAAGACUUGGCAAGGGCUAUCCARGCAUGUGAUGAAGAUACAAAUAAACCUGACUAUGGAGCAACRUUUAGUCGCAAUAGAAUGUUUAGACGACGUAUAAAAGCAAAGUCAUUACCACUAGCUGARGCCAUUUAGUGUUUUUGUAAUAAAAUGAAAUAAAAAUAUGCAAAAUGGAGUUAAUAACCGAAAAA